AUCUCAAGCGACAAACUAAACUAGACAAUAGUAUUAAGUCUUAUUUCUUUCAAAACCUUAAAUCUAUUCAGUAACUGGUUUAGUUUAGGUUUUGGUUGAGAUUGAUUUGAUUUUGGUUGGUCUGUACUAUCAGGCAAACCGGGUUCUCAAUAGUUAGGAUACUUGAAUAUUAAACACAUAGUAUAUCACACAACGAUGCGGUCUUACAUGCAAGUAUUAUUUAUAACUGCAAUAAUAUUCCUAGCAACGAACGAUGCCAAAGUAAUGAGAAACAAUGCACUUAUGACCAAAAUGGUAUCAAACUUCCGCAAAGUCAACGACUACUCCGAGGAGAAGGAAGAAAGUCAACUUAUAAUUAGCAAAAUGCAGAACGUUCUAUGUAAAAACUUCCCCACGAUACCUUGUAACAUGAUCCUCAAAGACAAAGCGCUCAAAAAAUUAAUAGAGAAAUCGAUACAACAAAUUAACUACAAGAAACUUUCUUUUGAGAAGACGACGCCCUUUCCCGGAUAUCUGACACUCUUCCCCAUUGUGAACAACGAUUUUCUGAACCAACAAGCGCAGAAUUUUUACUUCGUUAAAAAAGAUUAUAGAAAAGACACGCGCGAGAAAAGAAAGAAAAUCAAAACCAAGACUCCCACAGCGGUUUAUAACAGAAAGAAACUCCGCAAGUUUUACCCACACAAAGUGAAAUACAGGGAUAAAACCAACAGAAAUACUAAAGAGGAUUUCGCUGAAAACUCCGAAGAAAAGCUAUCCAUGUCAGUCGAAAUACCGGACAUGACCCUGACGAGGAAGCACCAACACUUCUCGUACAAGAUGGAACCAGCCGACCCACCGGUUUGGAGAAUAGACUACUUGAAACACGGUGAGCCAAGCGUCAACAUGUUUGGUCAAAAUGACGGGUUUCACGGCUUUAUGAAAACGGGACCGAACGUCAUUAUAGACGGCAGGCCCGCUGCGGGAAUGUUCGUGGAGUUAUACAAGAAGAAAGACAACAGUUGGACGUUAUGGCAUAAUACAGUGACAUCUAGCGAUGGAAGGAUACAGUUUCCGUUCUCAAGGGAUUCUAUGUCAGAAGGAACGUACAAACUAAAAUUCAACGUCGAGGAUCAUUACAAGAGAAGCAGUCAGGAAACUUUGUACCCAUAUGUGGAAAUUGUUUUCAAAACGAAGGAAGACGAACACUACCACGUACCGUUACUGCUCAGUCCGUACGGCUACUCUACCUACAGGGGGAGUUAAGCAUUUAAUGUUUAGAAUAAAAAUAUUUUUACAUCAUUUAAGAUUAUUUUUAUCAAGUACAUUCAAAUAAAGAUAUUGUAUAUUUAAAAAUA